GCAUUUGUUGGAGCAGUAUUAGCAGACUUCAAUCAACCGCAACGACAGUCCAUCCUUGUCUUUAUAAGAGGCACUCUAUCGUGCACAGACCGUUCAGUGCUGUCUUGCCCCUCAAUUACUCUAUACCGUGUGUAAUGGCCCGCAGGAUGAGGUACGGUGCAGUGGUGCUGCUAGUGCUGCUGGUGGCUGGCAGUCUCGCCAUGUACGCCACCAACAAUGAGCGCUGUACGUGCGCCCCCGGACCGCCGGACUAUCUCUGCCCGUCGGCACCGCUGCUGCAGGUGUACCUGCCGCACGAGCUGUACUGCACCCGCUACUACAAGUGUACCGAUGGGCGUGCGAUCGAGUUCCAGUGUCCUUACGGAUUGUACUUCGAUACGCAGAACAAUACCUGUACGUGUGACUUUACGCAGUGCUACCGGACAGAUCCCUGCAUCGUGUUUGUUGAUAGCUGCCGUUGCUGCAACAGACAGUUCGAAAACACGGGCCUGGCGCCGGAAAAUUUCUACGUCUGCUACAACGACGGAUAUGCGGUGGCGACGACCUGCCCGGUAGCGCUCGAUCCCUGCACCGGCUCGCAGGUGCAGCUACAGUUUGUAAAUCAAAAGUGUGAGGUGCCACCGCCGUCUACUACCACGGUGGCUACCACGACCACGACAGCGGCCUCAACCACGACGACAACAACCGAGGCUACAACAACGACCACCACGGAGGCUACAACAACGACCACCACGGAGGCUACGACCACGACCACCACGGAGGCUACUACAACGACGACGGCGGCCCCGUAAGCAUAGGAGUUCCACCGAACUGCAGCCAUCCAGUUCAUAUUUAUUUGGUUUUGGAUCUUUCCGUUCUACUGCCGUGCGCAGCAGAAUAACUCCGGACAAGGAAGCUUAAAUUAACACCUCUUCCAUAGGUUAGAGCAAUUUGUUGAAUAAAAAUAGCCUGUCAAGUGCUCCGAACAGGUCGAAAGACGCUCUGCAUGACAAGGCAAUGAACAUGAA